GGCCCAUUUCGGACUUGCCCACUAGUCAGUCAUCAUCGACAACAAGACCUUGUUCGCCAUCGCCCACACGCGCGACACGACCACACACACACCUUCUACCCCCCUCCCCCCUCCAGCUCAGUCAGCACUACAUGCCCGACGAGAACGCGUUUUGAUGCGUUCACAUUUAAUCCAACAACAAUGAAUCCUGCCCUCCUUCAGUCCGCCUUCCAACAACAACCUCCUUCGGCCGAGGACAGAAAGCCCUCCAUCGGUGACACCAUCAUGGAGCCGGCCACCACUCCCUCGAUACCGGCCACCGACAGCCCUGCUGCCGCUAGUGUUCAGCCCUCGAGCACGUCCUACUUCCAAGGCGGCGGCGACGACGGCGACGACUCUGCUGACGAAGACAACGGCGACGGAGUCAAGCGCCCCCGCCUCAGGCUGGCCCAUGCAUGCGACCGGUGCAGGAAACGCAAGAUUCGCUGCGACACCCAGCAGCCUUGUGGACCGUGCUCGGCGACCAAGAACGAGUGUACGUUCAACACCCCUAGUCGGCGUGUCGCGAAACCAAAGGGAUCAGAGGCCCGAUCGUCAUCAACAUCGGGUGUCAAGCGACCUCAUUCGCCCUCACGAAGCGGAUCGAGCGCUUACCAGGCCUCGCUCGAAGCCCGUCUCGCGACUCUCGAAUCAUUGCUUCGCGACGUGCCCCCCAAUGUGCACAAUGCGUAUCUCUCCACCUUGGAUGCACGCCUCAGCAGUGGCCAGCCGGCCGGUAUCGCAAAGGGUGGAAGCGUCGGCGGCCUGGCCGCCGCCGCCGCCAACGCCAACGCCGACCCUUUGAAUGGCCCAAUGAUCAGCGGGGCCCUCCCGUCCGGCAUCGCUGGCCUCAAGGACUCCAACCUCACACCGUCCUGGGCCAAUGGCCCCGGCAGCCUCACUUCGAUGCUCGCUGGUGGUCGUUCGAUCCGCCGCCGCGACGACCGAUCCAUCGACGAAAUGUCAAAACGAAUGGAGGGGCUCAGCUUCUUUUACGAAGACGAGAUCGGCCAGGCAAAAUGGCAGGGCGCGACUUCAGGCUUCCCCCUGCUCGACCUCCUCACCGCCGCCAAGACGGUCGAGGCCGACGAGCUCGAGAACUCGUCCCCCGCCUCCGAGGACAGCCCCGCCAUUCCCUCGCCGCCCGCGGCUAAGAAUGGCAGUGGCCGCCGCGCUAGCCCGCCCACUGGGCGCCGCUCGGCCUCGGUCGCGUCCAAGGCCCGAUCCCGCAGCGCCGGUAGCCCCAACGCCAAGGGCCGCUUCUUCCCCGACCGCAACCCGCGCCCGCAUCAGACGCUCAACCCCGAGGCGAGCUGGAAGGUCAUCACCGGUGUCAUCCCGCCCGACCUCAUGGACACGCUCGUUCGCUGCUACCUUUCGACAAGUCAUCUGCUUUGGCCCUUCCUGCACGUCCCGUCGUUCCUGGCCGACUACGCCAACCCGCAGCAGUGGGGCGAGCCUGGCUUCGCCUGCUUCAUCGUCGCCGUGUGCACACUGUCCUCUCGCCAUGUCGAUGACCCGCGCGUUCGUGCCAACCCCUCUGACCCGUCGACUGCCGGCAAGCAGUACUUUGAGCUAUUUAAGCGAUUGCGCGAUUUACCGUCUGCCGACCGCCCGACGCUGUACUCAAUUCAAGCCGCGUUCCUGGCUGCAAUCUACGCCUUUGGUCUCGGCAAUCUCAGCAAGGCAUUCGCUUUGCAGGCUGAGAGUGUGACGCUCUGCCUCGACGGAGGUCUCCACCGCAGCGUCGACGGCUACGACCAUUUCAACGCUGUCGAGCGCGAGACCCGAAAGCGCACGUUCUGGUCGAUCUACGCUUGGGACAAGCAAUCGGCGGCAUUGUUCGGCCGGCCGUCGAUCAUCCACCUGCGUGACUGCGACGUUACCGAGCCGCUCAUUGUCGACGACGAGAACCUUACGGUGGACGGCGUCAAGGAGCAACAGAACCCUGAGACGAGCAGAUUGUGCGCAUUCGUGUUCACGAUCCGUCUGCAUAUUGUCCUCGAGGGUGUCAUUGACUCGGCUGUUCAGCCGGCCGCCUUUUCUGGCUCGUCAUUCCUUGCCCAGGCAAGCUCGGUCAUCAACCGCCGGUCUACGCACAACGACGCGCCUCAGAACGAGUCGCUCCGCGAGGAGGAGGCCCUUCUGGAGGAGUGGGUGCGCAUCCUGCCCAAGUACUGGGCGUACGACUCUGAAACGGCCAACUCGCGCGACCCAAUCCGCAUCACCCAGGCCGAGCGUCUUCACUGCCUCGAGCACCUGGUUCGUAUGAUCAUCUACCGUCAUCGAUUCUCCGGCUUUGUCAUGACGCCUGCCUCGACCGUCGAGGAGCGCGCGCGUCACUUUGAGCUAUGCCGUCGCGCCAUGCAGUGCGCGUUGACGAUCAUCGCCGACCAUGUACACAUCAGCCAGCGAGGAAUGAUGACGUACUAUGGCGUGCAUGUUAUCCACCAGCUCGCUCAAGCUGGCCGUACGCUUGUGGCCGUCGUCCUCAACUGCAAGAACCCCGAGUUCCGUCCUCUCAUCUCGCCAUCGGUUGAAGGACUGCGCUCUUGUGUUGGUCUCUUGCGGCGCUUCAGCGGUCGCUACUUGUGCGGCCUGCGGUCGGCUGACAUCAUUGACGAGUUUUGCAGAGUUUGCAACAUCCCCGUCGACUCGCCUCGUGUGCCUGACUCUGCGGGCCGGCCUUCUCCCGCAUGGCUCCGCCCGGUCCGCAAACGCGCCUCUCUGUCCCCCGCUCCGGGGCCGCGCAACUCUGCGACGCCCGAAGCCACACCUUUCGGGCAGGACAUCAUGUCGGCUCAGCCUGAGCUUGUAACAGGGCAAACCCUGCCCGGCGACCUUGAAUCGGUCUUCAAGACGUCAGAGUACUUUGACAGCACGGUGCUAGACGGCCUCGCGUCUCCAGUCAAGAAUGGAAUUUCCAUUCCUACGGCGACCCACACGUUUGCCACUGCACACGCGAACGCAAAUGCCAACCCCACCUUGGCAUCAUCGCUCGGCGAACCGAGCGCGCCGUUUGACCGCCUCGAGACGCUGUCUCCGAACCAGAACCUUGGCAGUAUCGGAAACGUGACGCUGCCAGCGUACCUUGCUACGAAUGGCAACAACUCGGCGAUGGACGGCCUCAACUUUGGCAGCAGCUACGGUGGCGAGCUGCUGUCCACGACGGGCAUGGACACGGUGUCUGACGGUUUGCAGGGCAACGGCUCGCAGCAAGGACUAUCCGCAGCCACGAUUUUGAGCCUGUUGGAGGAAGGGUCGUUUGACUAUGGGUCGAUUUUCACGGACCAAGCGCCGCUGCACGACUUUGACUUCAACUCGCCGCUUGUCCCUGACCACACCAAGUAACGUGGCAAGACGUCAUGAGGGACGAGGAGGAGGAGGAGGCGGAAGGAAGGGAGGAAGAACCUCGGAGUGUGAGGCUUGGCUCUGGGUAUCCAUGGGUUUUUACUUUUUUUUUUUGUCUUCCCAUGAUUCUGUCUGUACAACGGCCUGGAUGUAUAGUGGUGUA